GACUAUUGAUUAAUUUAAGGAUUCAUAUCAGAGGCGUUGUUAAUUGUUAAUUGUAAAUAACACCAACCUUUUCGAGUGCAUAAAUUUUGUCGAUAAUACAAUUAUCAAUUCACAUAUUUUAUUGAUUAAGUACAAUUAAUAUGCAACAAAAUUAGAUAAUUUGUGAUAAAUUAAUAAUUAUUAAUAUUAUUUAAUUACAUGUAAUAUUGAUGGAUACAAUUACUAGUAUUUGACCAUUUCAAUUUGUCUAUUAGUUUAUAGAAUCCUCUGAUUAAGUAAUAAUUAAAUCAUCAACCGGAGUUUAUAUUAUUAAUAGUUAACACUAAACAAUUAAAAGAUAAAAUAAAUGGACAAAUGUAAAUAAUAUAUCAUAAAUAUUAUCUUUUAACUUGACGAUUAAUAAAUUAUCAUUAUUGUGGUUCGAGCCAACUGAUUGAAUCUCAAUCAUUGAAAAACUAAUAACUGUCAUCUUAUUAAUAUAAUAAAGUGCACGACAAAAAUUUAGGUUUUUCGUAAAAAAUUCAGAUUAAUCAUCAUUUUGAUUCUCUAAUUUUGAUCAAAUUCAUUUCACAAUUAAUUUGAGAUAAUUGCGAUCAAAAUCGGUCAAUCGAAAAAAUUUGUACCGAAUGUACUUUAACAUGGGACCUAAUGGAAAAUUACGGGUUUUGAUUGAUACUCAGAGACGAUUGAGGCAAGAGUCGUGGAAAUUUGUGUACCAAUAGCUUUGUAGAGUGUCCACAAUAGAUUAUAAUUAGAUUAAUUAGGUGAACUGGAAUGAUAAUUAAUCUGGACAUUCGAUUUUUACAAGAAAAAAACCUAAACUUUUGUCGUUUACCUUCACGUACAAAGCGACUAACUUGGACUUAUCUAAGGUCUCCAACCUAAGCUAACGCAAAAAAGAAACAUACACUGCGUUGCAAAGCAUUAAGACCAACCGUUAAUAUUGAUAAAAUCAAAUAUUCUCUUUAAUCUUUUGAAGAAAAUAAAUUUAUUGCUAUUAGAAACAUGAGAAAUUAUCAAAAUAAUAAUACAGCCAAAGCCUUUGAGUUUGCAACCAGUUUUUAAAUCAUUCACACAGUUGAAUAUAAUCAAUGAGAGAUACAGUUAACCCAAAGAUAUGAUCAUAAGUAUUGUUCUCUCAUUCAAGUAAUUCAGUCUCUUACUGAACAUCAACUGAUUAGAUAUCAAAAGUUAUCUUUACUUGAUUAUCAUUAAAAACGCAAAUGAUUUAAAAGUGGUUGCAAACUAAAAGUCUUUGGCUGUAUUUAAUCAACUUCAUUUUCUUCAUAUUCAUGAACUUCAACUUCGAUUCAUUUUUCGAUUAUUAUAAGCACAAUUUGAUACAUUCAAGUAAAUCAAUUGUCUUGCAUAAUUAUAAUCUAAUGGCGGAAGUAGGGCAAGAAUACAAUUUAUUCAUCAGUUCAAGUUGUUUGAUUAAAUGGUGUUUAAUUUGCUCACCUUUCUAUUAGUAAACCAAUAAGCUCAAUAGAUGAUUUAGAAACGUGGCUACAGUUACAAUGAUCAAUUUAUUAUAAAUUGCCAGUAGUUAAAAAAUUUAGUUAAUUAUUUCAUCUGAUUGUUGAAUUAGUCGAAAUGGCCUUUGAGAAACUUCGUGGUGAAGUAUUGGUUGAUUUUAAGGAUGAAAUCGACAAUUCAAUCAAUGGAUUUGAAGUUACCUGGUCAAAUUUAUACUAUCGUGUUUAUCCAAGUAAAUUUAGCCAAGUGGUUAAUACUUUGAAAGGUCAACGACGAAUAUCGGUAACUAAAACGAUUCUGAAAAACUGUUCUGGUACCAUUAGAUCAGGUCAAUUUUCGGCAAUAAUGGGACCCUCUGGAUCAGGUAAAUCAACGCUUCUCAAAUGUUUAGCUGGACUACAAGUGAGUGGAUUAGAAGGUAACAUCAAAUUUUCUGGUUCAACUUCACCAAUAUCAUUGAUCUAUUUACCUCAGGAUGAUAAACUCAUUGAAAACUUGACCGUUCGUGAAUCAGUAUCUUAUUCAUAUAGAAUGAAAAACGACAUCAGAAGAUUAACAAUUUCCGAUGAGAAAAAGGUAACCACUUUGUUAAAUCAACUUGGUCUUAAUGAUUGUGCUGAUCGAUUGAUUAAAACUAUCAGUGGAGGUCAAAAAAAGCGAACCUCAAUAGCUCAAGAAUUGACAAAUUCACCCAACAUUUUGUUACUUGAUGAACCAACUUCCGGAUUAGAUUCAUCCUCAUGCUUCCAGUUAAUUGAACUGCUAAAUUCAAUCAUGAAACAAUCUCCAAUCGCAGUAAUGAUUAGCAUCCAUCAGCCUUCAUCUCAUUCAUUCAGUGCUCUUCAUGAUGUUACCAUGUUAUCUCAUGAUGGACGAACAAUUUUCUCAGGUAAACCAGAGAAAACAGUGGAAACACUUUUAUCGGUAGGAAUUCAAAUUGAAAAGUUUACCAAUCCUGCCGAUGUAUUAACCGAAGUAGCAUUUGGAUCUUAUGGCCUGGAUACUAUCGAUAAAUUAGUUGGACAAAAUGAAAAACGAUCGAGUAAAGAUCAACAACUAGAAAUAAUAGAGAGUGUCACCAGUAAAAGGAAGAUGAAGAUAAAUGAUAAACCUUUUCACGAUUGUAUUGAUACAUCUUGUGGUUCGUCAUUGAACAUCUUUCUCGCACUAACUGCUCGUCAUUACACCUUUAAUAAACGCGAUAAAUUAACAAUAAUCCUUAGGUAUCUUUUCGGGUUCAACAUCAUAUUCCUGUUGUCUACAUUUUUCCCUGGGCGUGGACUUAGCGAUGGAUGCUUACCUGAUACAGUUGGAAAUGACCUUAAAAAUGGACGCAUUGACAGUAUACAAAAAUCGGUUCAGGGCCACUUUUUCAUGACCCAAGAAAAUAUUUGUUGCCUCUUUUUCGCAAUGUUAUUCGUUAUAUUGGCCAAUCUAUUGCCUUUAUCUGCACGGAUUCCAUUUUUCUUGCAAAUUUUCACUAAAGAAUAUUCUAAUGGCUGGUACAAUCUAAAGAUAUACUUUACCUCACACUUUGCGGCCGAAGUACCAUUCUCACUAUUCUUAUCGUUAAUUUGUAUCACUGGUCAAUUCUAUUCCACUUCUCAGCCAUUUGAUCGGCUCUUUGAUACUAUCAUAGUUUUCUUAGCGACUUUCUUAGUCGCCCAACUUCAUGGAUUAGCUGUUGGUAUUUUAUUGAUGGAUCAUAUAUUAUCUUCCGUAUUAACUGCACCAAAUACUUUGAUUCCGAUGCUUCUUUUGUCCGGAUUUUUUGUUCACAUAAGCAACAUGCCAUACAUAUACCAGAUAGUUUCUCAUCUCUCAUAUGUAAGGUAUAGUUUUGAAGGUAUAGUGGCCGCCGUUUUUGGCUUCAAAAGGUGUUCAGGUCAAUCGCAAGCUAUUCAGGUGGUUGAGGAAUCAAAGAAACAGCUAGGAAGUUUCAUGCAUUCGAUGUUCAAAAUUGCCCGCGCAAACAUCGAUAAGUUGGUAUCAUCCCAGGAAUCGAGACUUCUAGCAAAUCAAUCAGAUGCAUUAACCGAUUCAAUUAUCGCAAGUUUGGAUGGGCCUUUUUCAAUAAGAGGCAGUGAAUCGGUGUCAUGACAUUUUAUCAGAUGACUGAUCAACACUAUUAUCAAUCGAUUCUAAAGCUUUUUCUCAUCGCCGUUGCUGAAAUAUUGUUCAUCGUUAUCAUAAUUAAAUUAUUUUUUCGACGUAGUUCAUAAUCAUCAGCACCAUUAUUGAUGUGAUAAUAAUCGAUUUCAAUCAAUUUCUCUGUGAACUAGUUCUAAUUAAUAAAAGGACAAUAAUCAUUGGGGAAAAAAGGAUCUGCCAUUAGAUGGUCUUGUUAUUUUUUUGGCAUUCACGUUUCAAUUUUACCAAUUGUCAGAGGUUUUAAGCUAAUUGGUAACCAUUGGCCAGUUCUUGGUAUUAUCAAAGUUGUUAUUGAAUAAAAACAGGAGAAAAUAAUAAACGAUCAAGAUGAAAUAAGAUUGUACUUCGAAAGAGCAAAAAGUUUCAAGCAAAAUAAAAAAUGGAAAAGGAUUCAAGCUAAUUAUAACAAUCCCUUUAAUGUUUUA